AUGGCUACAUUGAACAAUAUCAAGGAGCAUCGCCUCCCAACCAAGUCUUACAAGCACAUGUGGGCUCGCUAUGUCGCGAAAAAGGCUUUCGAUGAAGACAUCAAGGCCGCCUCAAAGCGAUUGAUUGAAGCACAGAAGGCAAACCCAGAUCUUUUCUCUGGUACGAUCAGCGAAGAUAUGAAGGUGGGUACAAUCCUAGCCAAAACACAGGAGGAGAUCGGCACUGGCCUUGUCCCCAAAGAUCCCAAGAAGCUAGACAUCGGAAUCAUUGGAGCCGGUGUUGCUGGACUCUUCACUGCUCUGGUUUUUGACUGGUUGAACGAAGAGUGCAAGGAUCAGGGACUCAAGAUUAAUUACGAUAUCAUCGAAGCCGCCGAGAACAGGCUGGGCGGACGUCUGUAUACUCACAGGUUCUCUGACGCUGAGCAUGACUAUUACGAUGUUGGAGCCAUGCGAUUUCCCAACAAUACCAUCAUGCGGAGAACCUUUCAGCUAUUCAACUAUCUUGGCAUGAAGCCUGGAAAGGGUGGAUUAAUUCCCUACUACAUGAAGGAUGUCGAUGGAGUUUGCCCUACGUACUUCAACGAUGUACGUAAAGUAGGCGACGUCUGGGCUGAGAAGACGGAUGAUCCCUUUAAGAUCAACAGUGGGCUUGAAGAAAAGGAUAAGAUCCCCGAGAAGUACUUGAAGGAGGAUCCCAGCGGUCUCAUAGAGGCAGCCUUGGACACGUUGAUAGACAACACCAGGGCUGAAUUUGAAGCGGUAGUCGACGAGAAUGACGAGAACGGACCAAAGGCGACCGAGCUCUGGAAGAAAUUGAUGAGAACUGAUAAAUUGAGUGUUCGGCAGUUCCUUGCCUUGGGCGAGCAUGAUAAACCCAGUGGACCUGGGUUUAACUACAACACGAUCGAAUGGCUCGAGUCGGCGACAUACGGCACUGGCUGGUAUGACCAGUCACUCACAGAAUGUGUCCUAGAGCAGCUCGACUUUGCCACCCCAAAACAAAAGAAGGGCGAGCCUCCUAUCAACUACUGGUGGUGCGUUGACGGGGGCGCCCAAACAAUCGCUGAGAGGAUGGCCAAGAAGAUCAAGAACCCUGUCCAAUUCAAGAGCCAGGUGGUCGCCAUCGACGCUCAAAUCCCGAAGCGCAAGGAGAAGAAUGACUACACACCCAUGAAACUGGAGAUCUCAAAUGGUCAGUCCACAAAGGAGAAGGAAUAUUUCGCCGUGUUCAACAGUACAACUCUUGGUGCACUUCAGCGUAUGAAUCUCAAAGAGGCUGGUCUUCUUUGGGGUACAAAGCAGGCCAUUCGCGCACUCGGCUAUGGUGCUUCGUGCAAGGUUGCCAUCAAGUUCAAGACUGCGUGGUGGCAGAAGGAACCCUUCCGCAUCAGGAAGGGCGGUAUCGCGCAUACCGAUCUCCCCCUUCGUGUUUGUGUCUAUCCGUCCUACAACAUCGAGGCAAACGAGGGGAAAGACUGGAACCCCGAUAAACCUGCCGUUCUCUUGUGCUCAUACACCUGGGGACAAGACGCCCAACGCAUGGGUGCUCUGAUCUCUUCGGAUUCCCCAAAGAACGAAGAGCAGCUUGUGUCGGUGCUCCUACAUGACCUUGCCCUUAUGCACGCCCCAGAGGAAAAGGGGGAGUGGGAUUACAAGAACCUUUUGAAGCUUCUCAAAGAACAGUACCAGGACCAUCAUGCUUAUGAUUGGUAUAAUGACCAGAACAUGUCGGGCGCUUUUGCAUACUUUGGACCUGGUCAAUUUUCGAACAUGUGGCAGGAGAUCAUCAAGCCCAACGCUUAUGGACAGCUGUACCUUGUCGGCGAAGCCUCAUCUUCCCACCACGCCUGGAUUGUCGGCGCUCUGGAGAGUGUUAUUCGCGCUGUUUAUCUCAUGUUUGAAGGUCUUCAAAAGCAGGAGCCCGACAAUGAAGCCUACAAAAAGGUUGUGAAGUUGCUGAGCCAGGCGCCCCAGGUCGACCCAGAGACGGAAGGUGGUGAUGUUUUCGGCGGGCUCGCUGGAGACGAGGCGUCGAAGCCUCAAAAGAUGCCAUCGGGACUACCUUUCUUCCCACUCCCAGAGGAGAUGCCCGACCGUCUGCUGGGUGUCCCCGAAGAUAAGAAGGUGCUUCGAGACCCAUUGGAUAAGAACGACGAGUACAAGGAGGGCGCUGCCAUUUUGUUGUCGGUAGCUAUGAUAGGAGUGUCUCUGCUUGAGAGUUGGAUCGACUUUGAGCUGGAUAAUAAGAAGACAAACCCACAGUAG